UCUCUCUCUAUAGAAAUAAACGGACCGGAGAGGUCCGUAACGUUCAGAUUCCUUGUCUUAAUAACUUUGACACGGCACCUCCCUCAUCCUCCUCCCACUUUGAAUAGUGCCACGCGCCACCCCCUCUCAAUCCACGCGCCACCGCUUCUCCCCUUCAACUUUCCAUCUCUCCCUUUUAUCUCCCCUUUCCUACUCGCACAUAUACUCCUUUGGGUAUCUUCUCUCUCCCUCUCUUCCCCUUCUGCUUUCUCUCUAUCUGCUCUAAGCUGUGUGUUAGAUCUGAAAGACGGAGAAGCUUUUCUCUGGGGGCGUUUGGGCUGCAUGAAUCGGUCGCCUCCUGGCAUGAGAAGAGGAUGGGCGGAGUCACGUCGACCAUUGCCGCGAAGUUCGCCUUCUUCCCGCCGCAGCCCCCGUCCUACGCCAUAGUCGGAGGUGAAGGAGGCGGCCGGCGCCGCCUUUUCGUCCAGGACGUCCCUACCAGGGAGGACAUCGACGUGCUCAAGCUCAGGACUCGACGCGGAAACGACAUAGUGGCGAUCCACGUGAAGCACCCCAAGGCGUCUUCCACUAUGCUCUACUCCCACGGUAACGCCGCCGAUUUGGGGCAGAUGCUGGAGCUCUUCGUCGAGCUGAGCAAUCGACUCAGGGUUAAUAUCAUGGCGUAUGACUACUCUGGUUAUGGGCAAUCAACUGGAAAGCCAACUGAAUGUAACACGUACGCUGACAUUGAUGCGGUUUAUAAGUGCCUCAAGGAUGAGUAUGGGGUUAAAGACGAGCAGCUAAUUCUGUACGGUCAAUCAGUUGGAAGUGGGCCCACUGUUGACCUCGCAUCCCGCUUACAAAACUUAAGAGGGGUGGUGUUGCAUAGCCCAAUUCUCUCUGGCCUCAGGGUGUUGUACCCUGUGAAAAGAACAUAUUGGUUCGACAUCUUUAAGAAUAUUGACAAGAUCGGUAUGGUAAAUUGUCCAGUCCUUGUCAUUCAUGGCACAGCAGAUGAAGUGGUUGAUUGUUCUCAUGGGAAGCAGUUAUGGGAACUCUGCAAGCAAAAGUAUGACCCCGUUUGGAUAAGUGGGGGUGGACAUUGCAAUCUUGAGCUUUAUCCCGAAUACAUAAAACAAUUGAAGAAAUUCGUACUAUCAUUAAACAAAACAAGAACCAAUACGAUUGGUUCAAAGAAGACCGACACCACAACCUCAGACUCUGACAGUCAAACCAAGGUCUCAGAUGGUGGAACUUCAGAUACAUUCGAGUUGGCGCCAGACCUUCCGGAAGUAUCCCGAAACAGCUUAGACAGUCGACUUGAGAAAUCCAAGAAAUCAACCAAGCCAGAGAAAUCACGGAUGAGCACUGACCAGGUUGACAGAUUUAGGAGAAGAAAGGGGUUGUUAGUCUGGUGAAAUUAUUUCAAGCAACCGGGCGAUUCCCGAAUAAGACAUCUCUCUCCGAUACCCAAAAGCGACCCCAAGAAGGUAUAUAUUCUUUAUUAUCUUUGUAACAAGGCAUCGACAUUUCAUGGGAAAAUAUCAAGAGUGUGAAAUUUCUAACUUAGACGAUCUGCAGCUUUCCUUAUGUAGUGUGCUAAGUUAAGGGAAAGUAGCAUUUGCUGUAAAUUUAGUGGCCUCAUCAGAAGACGAAUAAGAUAUUUGUUUCUCCAACUCGUCCUUUGUGUUUUUUUUUUUUUUGAUUGUGCGAUGGGAGGUUUUCAUAUCGAAGAAAUAUGGGAAGCCAAGUUUCACCCAUGUGAUGAUACAUUGUUUGCCCGAGA